GGCUCGCGGUGGCAGCAGGCGGCUGCCUCGUGUCCUAGUAUGGACACUAGCUUUAGUGACUAGGUUCGGGUACUAUUUGGCUUUAGUUAACUCGGCUCGAUCAAAAGACGAUAAGUUACCCGACCAAACUGUAAGCGUAGAGUACAAGAAGGAGUAUGAUAGCGACAAACUUGAAAUCAACCGCUGGAAGCAUCAGCCUGGAGAUAACAUUGUGAUGACAGACGUCCUCGCUACUGGCGGGAUUAUGAAGCGCCUGGGGCUCGAUGGAGUCCAAAAACUUCGAAUACUCGAGCUCUCAAACCAGGAUGCUUACUGGAAUGUGCCUCGUCCUGAGGCUCGUAAAGGACUACGGCAUGGCAUUAAGUUGGAAGACAAUGUUUUAGGGACCCAGCUGAAGGUCCCGGUGAAGAGCAUCAUUUCGCACAAACCAAGACGCAAUUGCAUAAUAAAAGAGGAGGGAGAAGUGACCCCUGAGGGACCUCUGCUUCCAGAGAUCGAAGCGGAAACCCGGUAUCUACCACGCGCAAGCUGA